AUGGCGAUUGAGACCCAGCAACAGCGCAUCUUCAUAACCGGCGCAAGCGGCUACAUCGGCUCCGUGGUCACCGAGCUCGCCAUUGCAGACGGCUACGCUGUUCACGGCCUCUCGCGCACCGAAGCCAGCGACGCCAAGUUGCGCGCCCUCGGCGCCGUCCCGGUGCGCGGCGACCUGACCAGCCUAGACGUGCUCCGCCGCGAGAGCGCCGCCGCCGACGUGGUGAUCCACCUCGCGACGGCGUACGUCUUCGGCGACCCCGACGGCUACGCCGCUGCCCUGCCCAUCGACAACGCCGCCGCCGACGCCCUCGCCGACGGCCUGGCCGGCACCGACAAGCCGCUGGUCGUCACCUCGGGCACCCUCGCCGUGGCCGCGGACCCUUCGGGCGCCGAGACGACCGAGUCAUCGCCGCCGGACCCCAACCCCAUAAACACGCGCAUCGACGCCGAGCGGCACGCCCUCUCCCUCGCCGGCCGGCGCGGCGUCCGCGUCAUGGCCGUGCGCCUGGCCCCCUACGUCUACGGCCGCGGCGGCAGCGGCGUGAAGCUCUUCCUGGACAUGUCCGCGCGGGCCGGCUCGGUGGCGUGCGUCGGCGGCGGGGCGAACCGCACGACCGUCGUGCACGUCGACGACGCGGCGCGCCUGUACCUGCUCGCGGCGCUCCGCGGCGGCGGCCGGGCCGGCGAGGUGUACAACGCCAGCGCCGCAACCGACGUGACGGCGCGGCAGAUGUUCGGGGCCAUCGCCGACGCGCUGGGCGUGCCGGUGCGGGACGUGGCGAGGGAGGACGCGGCCGCGCAAAUGGGCGAGAUGGUCGCGGCCUUCUUGGCCGCUGAGAAUAGGGCGUCGGGCGAGAAGGCGAGGAGGGAGCUGGGGUGGCGGCCGGAGGGGGUGGGGAUCUUGGAGGAUAUCAGCAAGGGGUCGUAUCAGCCGGUUGCCGAGGCGUUGCGGAAGGGGUCUGCUUGA